AUGUCCAUUAAUCGAUUAGAAUAUCUUUCAAAUGAAAUUUUUUAUGAAAUUUUCGAAUAUCUCGAUGGUUGUUUUGUAUAUAAUAUAUUUUCAAAUCUUAAUAUUCGUUUUAAAUAUCUUUUUAAUGAUUCAUCUCUUCCACUUAAACUUAAUCUAUCCUGGACAUCAAAAUUAACUUUUGAAAAUUAUUAUAAAUAUAUUAUUAUACCAAAUUUAAAUCGUAUUAUUUCACUUCAUAUACCAAAUCCAUUAGCAAUUAAAUCUUUUCUAUCAUUAUUUUCAAUUAAGAAUUCAUUUAUUCGACUUGAAUCAAUAAAUUUUGGAAAAAUGAAUACUGAACAUAUUAUAUGUCUAUUAAUUUAUUUAAAAACUUUACCACGUCUUUUUUCUUUAUCGAUAAAUAUUAAUAAUCCAAAAGAUAAUGAUAAUACAAUUUUUCAUUUAAUUGUUAGUCUACCAAUUUUAAAAUAUUGUAAAAUUUCUUCUGAAAAUGAAGAAUCUUUAUUUUCAAUACCAAUUUUAAUUCGUAAUAUUAAACAACAAGAAAGUACUAUUGAAUAUUUAAUUCUAAAUAGUAUUUGUGAAUUUGAUCAACUUAUUGCUAUUCUUUCAUAUACUCCUCGACUUAUACAUUUAUCAUGUCAUUCUUUACAUGUUGGUAAUGAUCAAGUACAUAUACCAAUAAUAGUAACUAAUUUAAAAAAAUUAUUUAUUGAAUUAGAUGCAACACCAUUUCAUAUUUUUAAAUCAUUUAUUAGUAAAAUUUCAUUUCAAUUAGAAAUAUUACGUAUAUCAGCAAAAUAUGAAAAAACUUAUCUUGAUGCUAAACAAUGGCAAGAAUUAAUUUCAUUUCAUAUGCCACAUUUACGUAUAUUUGAUUUUCAAUUUAAAAGUCAAUUAUGUGAUGAUCAAAUGAAAUUUAUUGAAUAUGAUAAAUAUAUAGAACAAUUUCAUACAAAAUUUUGGUAUGAACGAAAAUGGUUUUUUACAUAUGAAAAUUGUCAAGGUGAUUAUGGACCAUUUAAAAUUAUUUAUACAAUUCGUCCAUAUAGACGAAAUUAUUAUAAAUUAUAUGAACAUACAAUUAAUAAUCUUGAAAUAUCUACUUAUCAAGAUAAUUCUAUACAUUUAUGUCGUCAUAUUCUUAUUGAAAAUCAAUGGACAAAUUUUAAUUGUUCAAUGCAAUUUCCAUAUACAACUAAAUUAACUCUCAGCGGUGGUUUUGCUGAAAAUAUUCCAUUAUUAAUUAAUAGUCUUAGUAGUAUUAUAUAUUUAACACAAAUUACUGAAUUAAUUUUAGAAUAUGAUUAUUUAUUUAUGAAUAAACUUCUUAUAUUACUUCAACAUAUACCAAAUAUUAAUUCAUUGACUAUUCCUCAAACAUCUAUUAUUCGAACACAUAAUUUAUCUGAAGAUGAAAUUGAAACAAUUCGUAUAAUAUCAAAAAAAAAUCAUAUUAAAAAUAUAUCUAUUAUUGAUCGAGAAUGUUGUACAGUUAAACAACUUCGUUUUCUAUUUGAUUUAUGUCCACAAAUUGAAUAUUUAACAAUAAAUCUAGCAGAAACUUUUGAAGAUUUAAUUAUGGAAUUUUUAAUAACAAAAAUGAAAGAAAAUAAUUAUCGUUUCUUUUUAUUAUGUCUUGCUCGUUGGGAUGCUAAUAUUGAUAUGAUUAAAAAAAUUCAUUGGAUUAUUAAUCGUCAAAAAUUACUUGAUAAUUAUUCACUUGAACUUUUUAAAGGCAAUAUUUAUUUAUGGUGUUGA